UCUUGGUAUUCAUUUUAUUAUAGUUGUAUCCAAAAUGUGGACUUUAUACAAAAGUUAUUGGAGGAGGUGAAGCUAACAUUACAGAUCCCUGUUGUUUCUGAAGAUUGUUUGUACUUAAACAUCUACACCCCCGCAGAAUCCAACAAGGAGUCAAGAUUACCUGUAAUGGUAUGGAUUCAUGGAGGAGGAUUAAUGAUGGGCGCAGCCACCAUUUAUGAUGGCCCAGCACUUGCUGCUUAUGAGAAUGUGGUGGUGGUGGUGAUCCAGUAUAGGCUGGGAAUUUUAGGAUUUCUGAGCACUGGUGAUGACCAUUGUCGUGGAAACUGGGGCCUCCUAGACCAAAUAGCAGCUCUACAGUGGGUUCAACGGAAUAUUAAGAGUUUUGGAGGAGACCCAGGCUCUGUGACCAUUUUUGGAGAAUCGGCUGGAGGAUGCAGUGUAUCGGCUCUUAUAUUUUCCCCAUUAUCUUCUGGUUUAUUCCAUAAGGCAAUAUCUCAGAGUGGAGUUGCAAUUGUUAUUAGGAAUUGUAAAUGAAAAUAUAGAUCCAGU